UUUCCACGGUGUCUCACUGUGGGUCUGCCAGGACCUGUGCGGAAGCCUGAGGCUCUGCAACCACCAGCUGAGGAGGCAGAGGAUUGAGAUGGUGGCUCGCGCCACAUGAGCUGCGGUUGGGAGCCGGUGAAGAACCGGGGGCAUUGCCCCUGGAGAGGGGUUAAGAGAGGAGCCAUACUCCAGUAUGGCAGAAGAAAAGAAACUAAAGCUGAGCAACACGGUGUUGCCCUCAGAGUCAAUGAAAGUUGUGGCAGAAUCCAUGGGCAUUGCUCAAAUGCCUGAAGAGACCUGCCAGUUAUUAACAGAUGAAGUUAGUUAUCGUAUCAAGGAGAUUGCACAGGAUGCCCUAAAAUUUAUGCACAUGGGGAAGCGGCAGAAGCUGACAACAAGUGAUAUAGACUAUGCCCUGAAGCUGAAGAAUGUUGAGCCACUGUAUGGAUUCCAUGCCCAGGAAUUCAUCCCAUUUCGUUUUGCCUCCGGUGGGGGCCGGGAACUUUAUUUCUAUGAGGAGAAAGAGGUUGAUCUGAGUGAUAUCAUCAACACUCCCCUACCCCGUGUUCCCCUUGAUGUCUGCCUCAAAGCUCAUUGGCUGAGUAUUGAAGGUUUUCAGCCAGCUAUCCCAGAGAACCCACCUCCAGCCCCCAAAGAACAGCAGAAGGCAGAAGCAACAGAGCCAUUGAAGUCUGCAAAACCAGGACAGGAAGAGGAUGGACCAUUAAAAGGCAAAGGUCAAGGAGCUGCAACAGCUGAUGGUAAAGGGAAAGAAAAGAAGGCUCCACCCCUGCUAGAGGGUGCCCCACUGAGAUUAAAGCCCCGGAGUAUUCAUGAGUUGUCUGUGGAGCAGCAGUUGUACUACAAAGAGAUAACUGAAGCCUGUGUAGGGUCAUGUGAAGCCAAGAGAGCGGAAGCUCUCCAGAGCAUUGCUACAGACCCUGGACUUUAUCAAAUGCUACCACGGUUUAGCACUUUCAUCUCUGAGGGGGUACGUGUGAAUGUAGUUCAGAAUAACUUGGCCCUACUUAUCUACCUGAUGAGAAUGGUGAAGGCUCUGAUGGAUAAUCCAACCCUGUAUUUGGAGAAAUAUGUACAUGAGUUGAUUCCUGCUGUGAUGACUUGCAUUGUGAGUCGACAGCUGUGUCUUCGACCAGAUGUAGAUAAUCACUGGGCACUCCGGGAUUUUGCUGCUCGCCUGGUAGCUCAGAUCUGCAAACAUUUCAGUACAACUACCAACAACAUCCAGUCUCGGAUCACAAAGACCUUUACUAAGAGUUGGGUAGAUGAGAAGACUCCCUGGACAACCCGCUAUGGCUCCAUUGCUGGCCUGGCAGAACUUGGACAUGAUGUGAUUAAAACCCUGAUCCUGCCAAGGCUUCAGCAGGAAGGUGAACGUAUUCGAAGUGUCCUGGAUGGUCCUGUGCUGAGCAACAUUGACAGGAUUGGGGCAGACCAUGUGCAGAGCCUCCUUUUGAAACAUUGUGCCCCAGUGCUGGCAAAGCUUAGACCACCACCAGAUAAUCAGGAUGCUUUUCGGACAGAUUUUGGUUCCCUGGGACCUCUUCUGUGCUCUCAUGUGGUCAAGGCCCGGGCUCAAGCUGCCCUGCAGGCCCAACAGGUUAACAGGACAACACUGACCAUUACUCAGCCCCGGCCUACACUGACGCUGUCUCAGGCCCCCCAGUCAGGCCCUAGAACCACUGGGCUGUUGAAGGUUCCUGGCUCCAUUGCAUUACCUGUUCAAACACUGGUGUCUGCAAGGGCUGCAGCACCACCUCAGCCUUCCCCACCCCCAACCAAGUUCAUAGUCAUGUCAUCUUCUUCUGGUGCCUCAUCUUCACAGCAGGUCCUGUCUCUUAGCACAGCAGCCCCUGGCUCUGGCUCUACCACUACCUCUCCUGUCACCACCACAGUCCCCAGUGUCCAGCCUAUUGUGAAGUUAGUCUCCACUGCAACUGCAGCCCCUCCUAGCACAGCUCCCUCAGGGGCAGGCAGUGUCCAGAAAUACAUUGUUGUAUCUCUUCCACCAUCUGGGGAAGGCAAGGGAGGGCCAACUUCCCAUGCUUCCCCAGCUCCUCCCCCAUCAUCUUCUUCUCCUUCUCCUCUUGGGGGUGGCUCCCUUUCUGGAGGAAAACAGGAUGUUGGGGAUAGCCCCCCUCAAGCUCCUGGUACCCCUAAGGCCAAUGGUUCACAUCCUUCUAGUUCCAGCUCUCCUCAGCCUACCCCCUGAAGGCUUCACACCCUACUCCUAAAAAAUCAUUCUUACAUUCAAAUACAAAUUCUCAUGUUAUAUUACAUUUUGAUUUGGGGAAAGGAGUAAUUUACCUCUUCCCCCUCGACUAUUUCCAGAUAUAUCCCCAUUGUACAGACCCCCUCCCCAAAAUAAAACAGUUCAGUUUGUAACCACAGAUCCACCUGAGUUCUUCUUAAGUCAAGAAAGUGGACUAGAGCCAGACUCUUGUUACCCUUCCAGGACCUAUGUGUCCAGUUUCCAACCCUGCCUCACAAUCUGUUUACCCUUGGUUGUAGGUAGGAAGGCAAUGGUGGUAGGAAUAGUUGGUCAUUCUUCCUUUCCAGAGGCAGGCUGACAUAGUUCUCCCAAUUUGGGUCUCAGAUCCGGAUGACAUAAGUAUCACUGUGGCUUAGGUGUCUCACCCACGUGUGUGGGGAAGUGUUGCCAGGAGUUCCAGGGGCUGUGAGCCGAAGAAACCGAACCUGGAGCCCUGAGCAAGUAUACCGAGGCAGCUCGAAUGAGAGGCUUGCAGGACCUAAGCCCAGAGGAGGGGCUGGGCUUGGGGGGUCAGGAAGUCCAGGGACAUCCAUCUGGGAAGAAGAAAGCAUGGGUAGAGGUGAGGUUUAUGGGAGGGGACAGAGUUUACACACACUGAAGGGAUCAAAGGAACUGGGAAUUGGUUUAUGGAAGUCAAGAAAAGUGUUUGGUGGUCAGUACCUGAAAAAGGCCACAGAGUUGGGAACCUCCCUGUACUCGAGGAAGGUCCCACCGAAGAACUCCUUCACCCAACUCUGCUUUCUGCUCUGGGCUGCUCAAGUCCUGAGAUAAACUAGGAGUUAAAGAGAUAGGAGAGGGUAGAUAAGACCUUGCCACCCCUAAGAGCAGGCUCCAUUACUAAAUUAUCCAUUCCCCACUAUCAAUUUCAUCCUCUACUGUACUUCCCUAGAGAGCACAGUCUAAGUCCCCAGAAGAGUCUAAAGGAAUAUUAGUCUUUCCUAUUCCCCACAACUGACCUGGCCACUCCUCGGGGAAGUGGGAGGUGGAGCUUGACAUGGAGAGCUUGGCUGAAAAGUCAUAGAUGAACAAAGCCAUUAGUAGUUCCAUUCCUCAUUCCCCCACCCUUACUCCUUGCUUAUGCCCCACUGGAUGGGAAGGGUUUGUCCAGGUUGCCCCACCCCCAAGGAAUGAAACAAUUACUUUGAAAAGAGUAACUGGGAGGAUAUGAGGGGAAGCAUAAUUUCGAGGUUGUAGCCUUUAUACCUCAAAGCUAGCACUGUCUUGCUAUCCACAGUUCUCACCUCUUUGGGGGUAGAUCACAACGGAGCUUCAGAUAAACUUGUAGCCUUGGGUAAGGAAUAAAGACAGAAGUGUCAUCCUUUCCCUUAUCUGUUUGUAUUCAGGGUGAGCUUUGGAUCUUGAAUGGGGAGAAAGCUAUGUAGUUCUGAAAAAGCAUCAGUAUCUCUUACCUGCCUGAGCCACGGUCCCACUGCACAGAGGGAAAAAGCCGGAAAGGGAGUGGGGAAGGAAGAUCAUCGGAGAGUUGAUACCGCAUUAUGGUCAGCUGUAAACAUGGAAGCAAUGUCAGCCUGGGCCCUUCUCAUCUUCCCUCAAACCUCCCCACACUUCCUUAUUGUGGAGCACUAGUCCAUCUCAAUCUGACCUCGCCUUGAGGUGGCUGCAGCCUAAGGAUUCGAUGGGAUUCAAACUCAUCCAGGCGAACAGAACCAUGAAAUGAAACUUCGUCCACCCGUACCCCUGGCCCAUACCCUGAAAGAAAAGACAACCCCCCCACUUUGAUAAUAAACAUCUUGCCUAACUGAUAACUUACACUGAAAGAAAAGAAUCUUCUACUAUGCUUGUGCUUUCCUUACUUAGGGAGAUCUGUCUUCAACUGAAUUGGCCCCCCCCUGCUCUGUCCAAAUGCUAAUAGAGUAAGUCCAACACCCCCCCCCCAUUAUAUCUUGUAUUACUAUCCCAAAUGUGUAUAUAGAAAAGGAAGAUCUUUAGUGCCUCACCUCUCAAUUCUGAUUUGCCCACACAGAAUUCCUCAGUUAAGCCAAGUCUCAUUUCUGUCAAAGAAAUGCAUGUUAGUAAUGAAUGAUUAUAUCAUAAGUCCCAGGCUUUCAUAUACCUGACAAGUCUCAAAUUUCUGGUUCUUCCAACAUGCUUAGCUCCCCAUCAGUUCUCUACAUCCUCUUUUAAAUCCCAAGAAAAUGAUCCUUCACACUUCUCACCAGAGCAGCUGGGCAGAAAGCUCUUGAGUCGGAUUUCACCUUGGACAUCCACCUUCAACAGGGAGCCCUACAGUUCAAGGGAAGGAAGAGGAAAAAUAAAAAUACUCAUAAUUGUCCUCAUGUCCCUGGAUACAAAGUUUUCUCCCAAGGGUCCUAAAUAGGAAUUUUGCACUAAGAAUGGAACAAUGGAAAUACAGAAGACAUAAAAAUGUAAGGGGAGAUCUUUUCCCUUUCCAUCAGUGUCACUAGUGACAGGGGAAUAGGGUCUUUUUCCAUUUGCUGAUUCAACACUACAGGACGGUCCCAGAUUUCAGACAAGGACAUGAAAGUGCAGUGUUCUGGGAACUUUGGAGUGACAGUGAAUACUUGAAACUGAGCUUCUAGGUGGGCAAAUGGGUAUGGAUGACCAUGAGUUGGCCAUAAAAACUACAAAGAACAAAGAUUAAGGUUCUUGCUUCCAGAAUUUGUUAAAGGCAAAAGAAAUUUUGCAGUGACCAGAACACAAUGUAAAUUAUAUUUGCCUUUUUGCUACAACAGGUACAUGCAAAUGCUGAUUGGUCCUCCAAGAAGAGAGGGUAAAAGGGCUGUAGGAAUGCCUUUCUACUCUCUAGGUAACUUGGGAAAAUGUUCAUUUCUUUAAAAAAAAAAAAAAAGGAAUCCUCAUCUGUCUCCCAGGUGUGAAGUGUAGGAGAUGAUACUGUGGAGGAGUGGAAGGGCCAUUGAAUACAAAAUAUUGAACAGGUAUGAAGCUUUUCCCAGAUCUAGUAAAGCUUUCUUGUCAGUCCUGUACCCUUUUCUUCACUCAUGUCAAACACCCUAAUUCAGGCCAUCACUUCUUACCUAGACUAUUGUACUUGUCUUAACAUUCUCCUUGCCUCAAAUCUCCCUCUUACAUAUAAGUUUUUUGUUGGGCUUUUCAGGCCUAUUCACUGUCUGGCUCCAGCUGACUUCUGAGACUUUGGUAAUAUCUUCCUCCAUGCACUUUGUGGUACAACUAAGCUGGAUUAUUUGCUGUCCUUCAUACACAGCAUCAAUCUCCCACUUCCAUGCCUUUGCACAGGGUGUUACCCUAUGUUAGAUGCACUCCUAACCCUUCUACUUUCUUAGAAGUGCUAACUUCUGAGGCCUUUCUAAAUUUCUUUAUAGAUGCCAGUGAUCCUUCCCCCCAAAAAAUGUCUUAUAUUUGCUUUGUAUAUGUAUUUUUUGUAUGUAUUUAUGUGUAUAUGUUGUCUCCAACAGAAUGUAAAUUUUUUAAGGAAAGAGACCGUUUCAUUUUUGUCUUUGUAUCCCUAUGCCUGGCACAUAGUAGGCAUUUAAUAAAUGCUUGUUGUGUUUGAA